UUGGCUUCCUUAGAGAUCCUUUCCGCAUCUGGACUAUCGAAAUUGAGUUAAUUACCUAAAAAUAACUAAGACAGUCAAACCGCCGCCUAAUUAUAAAAUCUAUUAACUCUAUAUUUUGAGAGCAAGCAUUUGGGAGGCUAGUGAGAGAAAUAAUCCAUAAUAAUUCAUCCACUUGCGAGCGCAGAUACUCGCACUCUAUCUUAACCCCAUAUUUUCUGACACUACAGCAUUCCAUCAAAAACCAUAACAAUCAACACUCCUAAAUAGUGAUAUUUCCUGGCUAGUUUAAGCAAUUUUCCCACAUUCCAAGCAAAUGUCGCGCUCCACUCGGUUCGAUACCAAAAAAGUGAAUUCAGAACUGGUAACUCUAACCUAUGGCACCCUGGUGGCUCAAAUGGUCAAAGACUUGGAGAAUCCAGACGAUGUUAGCAAACAGUUGGAUCGCAUCGGCUACAACAUGGGAAUUCGCCUGAUUGAAGACUAUCUUUCCAAGACCGGCUCAGGACGAUGCCUGGACCUCAAAGACACCGCGGACAAAAUACAGACAGCAUUCCGGAUGUAUUUGGGCGUCCAGCCAAAUGUGGUCAACUGGAGUCCGGCAGGAGACGAGUUUUCCUUCAGUCUGGACAGCAACCCUCUGACAGAACUGGUGGAACUACCAGACGAUCUCAAACAGCUGAAGUAUUGCAACAUUAUUUGCGGCGCUAUCCGGGGCGCUUUGGAAAUGGUGCAACUUGAUGUGCAAAGCUGGGUGGUCCAAGACCAGCUGAAAGGGGACCCAAAUACUGAAAUUCGAGUCAAGUUCAUUAGGAGAUUAGAGGACGCAAUGCCAGCCGGAGAGGACUAGGAGGCCCGAUGCGAUGUGCAAUAAUUAGCUGUAUUUAUUUGCCAUGUAUUUUCAAUAAUGGAAAGACUCUAUUAGGAUGUAAGUAGUACACCUUUCCCUAUUAAAAUAUUAUUGUGUCA